CUCACCCCGGGCCCCUCCGAGCCCCUUUCUCUGGCUGCUCCCCAGUUCUCUCCAGCAGCCCAUCCCUGGCCUCCAGGUGCUCACGAGGUGGUGAGCUCCCAGCCCAGCCGUGGCCCCUCCCACGAGGGCUGCCCUCACUGGGACCCUCCCUGCUUGUCCCCAGCAGACGCUGCGACCUUUGGGUCCCAUUUCUGCUGAGGGAGCCUGGAGCAGGAGGCAGGGGAGGCAGCGCUGGGAGAAAGACCUGUGGAGACUGUUUCUCAGCCGGGCCCCCAGGCCCUGGAACGAGGCACACAGUAGAGUGACACAAGUGCCCGUCACCUUAGCACCAACAGGGCAGGCUCAAUGCUGGGGUGUACCUGGGCUGUGGGACUCAGCCGAGCGACAGGUGGGAAGCCAGGGAGUUGUCAUAGACUGUGUCCCUCCUUCCCCAGCCCACAUUCUGGCACAAGAAGGAAAAGUCGUCCCCAGGGGUUAUGCUUGAGUCAGGAGUGUUUUGUCAGUGCCCAGUGGGCACCUGAAGGGUGACGAGGCCCCUGACCUGUGUUCAGGGCUCUGUGCAUACCAGCAGCUGCUCAACACUGGCUGGAUCCAUGCGUGGGUGCUGGGGACAGCCCAUGGAGGUGACGCCAGCCGAUGCUCUUGGAGCGUGCAAGGCCAGCUCUGGGAUUUUCUCCCUGAAAAGUGUGUGUAACAGUGGAGUGGCUGCUCGGGAAGGAAGCCCAGGUGUACCCCCUGGCCUUCCUCUGCUCCGUGGGUCCCACAGGUUAGAGUCCACCCUGUGUGUUAUGGGGAAUGGAGUCACCAGAAGGGACCCAGCACUGCCAAGGUGCUAUUCUCCAAGGGGCCAGUAGAGGGAGCCUGUGAGCCACAGUGCCGGCACUGGGCCAGCUGGGGCUCAGUGGUAGCCUGUGGGUGGCCUGGGGAACCCGGAGCUUGUGCUGGGGAAUGGUGUCCAGUACCCAGUGGCAUGGAGCAUCCUGGCAGAACAUGGACUUGGGGUCUCGGGUUUGAGCCAGAACCAGGGCUUUGGAAGGAAGAGAAGUGGGGGUUGACACAGAAGGGGGUAGGGGGACACUUCAGGCCCCAGCCCGGCCACCUGGCCUCUGUGUGUCCUUCCUCUCUCUAGAAUGGCACUGGCUUCCUCCCUGGCUGUGUGAGGACCAACAGCAGAGGGAAAGCAGGCCUGGUGGAGAGAGUCAGGGAGGAAGGAAGCCAGCUGGCUGCCUGGCAGGGAGGGGGCACUCGGUGCCCACCCGCCCGGCCCUGCCCAGCAGGACAUCUGGGUCACUUCUCCCACCUGCCCCACACAGGGAUGUCAUCCCUACCAGGCUUUAAGAUGUGCGUCAGCGCCAGCAGCAGCCACGAUGAAGCCCCGGUCCUCAGUGACAAGAACCUGGACGUGCCCAACAUCAUCAUCACUCCCCCGACGCCCACGGGCGUGACGCUGCCAAGGGACCCCCAGCAGACAGUCUGGCUGGAUGAGACGGGGUCCUGCCCAGAUGACGGAGACAUGGACCCUGAAGCCUGAGGAGGAACUGCAGGUGUGCUGAGCCACUGGGCAGGGACCGCAAAUCCUGCCCUGGACAAAGAUGGCGCAGCCGGAAGAAUGAUGUACCUCAGGCCAGAGGCCCACAGCCUCCGUGCUCCCCCUGACCCUGUCCUGUGGCCCUGGUGACGCCUGCCAGGGUGCCAGAGGAAGGCCAUCUCCCAAAUGAGCACGCACUCCCAGGGCCCUGGCCCCCGAGGGCAGCAAGAACUCCCCUCCAGUGGAGCGGCUGCCUUUCUUACAAGCCCCAGAGGCGGAGCAGAUGCCGCAGUGAUUCACGGUUUCUUUUUUGCAUUGUAAAUAAAGAUCCUGGGAAACAGUG